AUGAAGGCGUCUGUGGUCCUCUCCCUCAUUGGCUACCUGGUGGUUCCGAGCGGGGCUGCGAUCCUGGGGCGCUGUGUGGUGGCUAGGAGGCUCCACAGAGGAGGCCUGAGUAAUUUUGAGGGCUACAGCCUUGAGAACUGGGUGUGCCUGGCUUACUUUGAGAGCAAGUUCAACCCCGCGGCUGUCUACGAGAACUUGCGUGGUUCCUACACAGGCUUCGGCCUCUUUCAGAUUCGCGACACUGACUGGUGUGACAGGGGCAAGAACCUCUGCCACAUGUCCUGCUCCGCUUUACUGAAAUCAGAUUUAAAGAAGACGAUCGAAUGUGCCAAGAUCAUCGUAAAACGAAAACAAGGGAUGGGAGCAUGGCCCUCCUGGACCCUGAACUGCCAGAACUCGGACACCCUGGCACGGUGGUUGGAUGGAUGCAAGCUGUAG